UUCUAUAUUCAUUGUAAACAAUGUUGAAUGUUCUUUCUUCUCCCGGACGCCGAUUUUAAUUCACAGUUGUUUUUAUAUGUAAAAAAUAGUUUGAAAAAAUGUAUAAAGGUAAAGAUAUUCGGAAUAUCUUACGCACUUUAGAUGAAGAUGCUUAUGAAACAUCGAAAAAGGAAUUUUCCGAUUUAAAUUUUUACGCGAACAUUUGCCACGUGUGUUUUAAUCAUAAUCGAGAGUCGCAAACAAAACUUUGCACUGGUUGCAAUUUGGUUUCAUAUUGUUGCAAACAACAUCAAUUAGAAGACUGGCCGACACAUAAAGAAUUCUGUAAAAUUAUUUCCAAUGAAUUAAAAAUUAGCGGAACAUCAACCAUCUUUGACGCCGUCAUUAAAGUUGAAAGCAGUUCCGAUGGAUUAAUAACACUGGGAGAAAGAAGAAAACGUGUCCUACGAUUUGUUAUGGAAAAAAUGAAAAAUAAUUUUCUACCUUCUCAGACAGAAAUGAUUUUAUUUUCCAAACAUUGUGAAGUUUGUGGAUUAAUCGAUCCAAGUGAAUUGAUAUCGUGUGUCAAUUGUCCGCAUGCAAAUUUUUGCCACCAACACAACAAUGAUUCUGAACAUCAGAAAAAUUGUUUUUUCUAUUCAUUGUGUUCUUUUAUGGAUGCUUGGCAAGUGAUGUUGAGACAAAGUAAAACAGAAGAACACAAUGUCGUUACUAUGUUCGAUGGUAAUGUAGAUCCAUUCCCAGAAAAAAUGUCUAAAUUUGUUGAUUUAUACUGUUCGUUUAAAUUUCCUGGCCCAAAGUCAAUAUUCUAUCAAAAGUUUUACUAUUCUGAUUACUUGGCAAAUGCAAUGACGCUGUGUUACAUUUUGAAAAAAUUCAAUUUAUCAAUGAAUUCUCAACUUGAAAUUCAUCUAAUCGUUGAAAAUACGGAAGAAAUUUGCAGAAAUCACUAUUGGGAAUUAAUUUUGCAUUGGUUGCCACAUGUUGGCUAUUUAAAACUUAUCUUCUUUCUUCCUGAAGUAAGUUUUGUUGAAUAUCCUUUAAGAAUCUGCGAAAAGUGCAAUGAAAGUGGAAAGAAAGUAAUUUUGGAAUAUUGCCCAUUAAUGUAUGGUGUUUACGAAGAGUGGAACAAACCUGAUAUUGUGGUUGGUUUUAAUCUUGACAAUAAGUUUUUAAACGAUAUUGCCGAUGCUUUUACAAUUCUGAAAAAUGUCAAAUGUCCAUUUGUUAUAACGACAUUAAAUUCUACUGAAGGUGGGAAAAAUUUAAGAAUGUUGAACGAUUUAUUCCAAGUAGAUAACUUUCAUCUUGAAAAAAAUCCUUUUUCAAGUGUAAAAUAUUGUAGACUAUUCAAUGAAUUACAAGGAGUUGCUGCCGGUAAUAUGUACAUAAUUUAUCAAGUUGAUGAAGAAAAAGUUGAAGAAUUUCAAGUUCCUGAAUGUGUGAUUGAUAUCGUCGAUUAUGAGAAAUUAAUUCAACAAAAUAUGAAUUUAAAAAAGAAGGCUAUAAUCAUUUUGGAAAAGAAGAAAACAAUGGAGCGUAUUUUGCGAGAAUUUAGAAAAGAUUGCCAACAAGAAAUUAAACGUCUGUGGACAGAUUUCCGGAGGAUUGAAAAUAAACUCAAAGAGAUUAAUGUCUAUUUCGAUGAAUAGAAUGAAGGACAUACACCUAAUUCUUGGAAUGUGGGGAGCGGAAAUUAAAACCGAAUUAUUGAAAUAUAUUCGUCAAGAUUGUUUUUAUCCGAACGUUUGUGCCUUUUGUUUCAAGCAACACGAGGAAACUGAUGUUAAAUUAUGGAUCACUUGUGAAUCGUGUAAAAUAGUUUCCUAUUGUUCGGAAAAUCAUAUGCUAAAACACAAAAAUGUUCAUCAGGAUUUUGAUCGUAUUUUACUGGAAGUUUUGUCAAUGUCACCGACUAAAGUGAAUUAUUUCUAUGAAUUGAUGAAUAUUGUCAAUGCACCAACACAGAGGCCGCUUAUUUUAAUGAGUUUCAUUGACGAAAUGUCAGAGAAAUUAAUGGAUUCAAGAGGACUUUACAGAGCCGAGGAGGAGAUGCUGAAAUUUUUACCACAUUGCGAGGCGUGCACCGAAGUGAAUCCAGAAAAAAUGGUCAAAUGUCACGAGUGUUUAGCAAAUUUCUGUUCAAAUCAUCACAACGAUUUAGAAGCAACAACCCGACACGCGGAAUUUUGUUCCGAUUAUUUACAAUCUUUCAUAAUGGAAGCUUACAAUCUUGCAUUUGAUGAUGUUGACAUAUUGGCACUAAUUAUCCAAUCUACUGGCAUUCAGAAAGAGAAAUCACUUUUUCCAAAUUCAAUAUAUGAAUUUCUCGAAACACAAAUUGAUUUCUAUCGUCUUUUCGAAACACUCGAGCAUCCUGAUCAUUAUCAAAUAUCUUCAGACUUUAAAUUAGAGGAGAAUAUUUCCGAUUUGAGAGCCUUUGUCUCUGUUUAUCUAACUAAACCACUUUCAUUAAUUUAUGCGAUUAAAAAAUUGGAAAUCAUUCCACCGGAAGAGACAAUAAUUCAUGUUAUUGGCUCAACAGCGGAUGAAAUAAAAAAUUUAAAUCAAUGGGAAUUUCUUCUUCAAUGGUUUCCGGAUUUGAAGAAAUUAACAAUUGUCUUUGUCGGUAAAGAAUUGUCAAUUCAUUCAAAUAUUUCCGAUACAUCAUUAAAUGACGAUUAUUUAGAAAAUUCUGAUGAAAAUAAUAUUGAGGAAACAUCAAUCACGUACGCAUCACAAGGGAAUCAAUUACAUUUUCAAUUUUCAUCGAGUCUUUAUAAAACAUACUAUGAGAAUUCAAAUAAUUUUCAAGAACCAAAUUUUGUUAUUGCCUAUAAUCCUGGUUUGACGGUGUAUAGUGAAUGGAAUGAGUCACUUUUAGUUUUGAAAAAUUUCCAAUGUCCAUUUAUUUUUACAUCUUACUAUAAGGAGGAUGCACUAUUGGACCAUGAUAAGAUGAAAAAAGUUAUUGGCGAAGAACUCAACUAUCAUUUGUUUACAAAUAAUCCCUACAAAAGUUUGCGACCACUUCGUUUUUAUGGAAAUUCUUAUCCUUUAGUGUAUAAGAAUAAUUUCAUUACAAUUUAUAAAAGUUGCAAUCCAGAAGAAUAGUGGAAAUUUGAAGAAGGAUCUUUCGACUUAUAUCAAUAAGUUUCGUAAUAUACGAGAAAAUAUAUGUAAUUUUGAAAAAUAAUUUCCAUACGACAGAGAAAUUAUUGAUAUGAAAAUAUAUCACUUCUUAAUGUUUUAUUUCAUUAACAUGUUAAUUCACGAUCGUUUUAUUUUAUUAUGAUUAUCUUCAAUUUGUAAUGUUUAUUUUAUCUCUAAAAAAUAUUCUCUAUUUUCUAAUAAAAAUGAAUGUAUUUCAUUAA